GACAGAACAAAAUAAGUAUUGUUACAGAAGAACGAAACUCGAUUACAGUGCUCAUUCGGCAUCUCUAAAGGUAAAUUAUGUCUUGUACGUGGAAAAUAUGUGAAUUUAUUAAGAUGCUUGUUGCAAUUUUAUUGUAUGGUUACUUGUGGGGAAUGUUUGGUGGAUUGACAGUUUCUCUGACACCGGUUUAUGAAGAUGGGAAAACUACUUUUGACAGUCGACUAAGAAUAUUGUUUUGUGCUCUUCACGGAGUUCUUGCUAUAGCGUUUACUGCUUGCUUUAUUCUGCACGAGUUUCAGCAAUCAUCUAACAACAAUGAAACUAGCAACGAGAAUCAAGAGACUUCUCCACUGAUCCCUAAAGAUGAAACUUCUUUGGUAGAUAGACCAUUUAUACUCGGACAGUCCAGGGAAAACGUAUACAAUAAAUUUUAUACAAAAUCUCAAUCCACUGCAAAUAGGAAUGCUGUUUCUUUCGACUUAACGGAUGAUUUAUUUGAAACUGUGUCCCCUGAGAAGAGUUGCGAUUCCGUUGGACAAAAUAUAAGUCUGUUAGAUUUUUGGGGAAAUGAAACAGGUCUUUACACGGAUGAUGAAGACGAUUUCAAAUUUGGUUUUUUAUCUUUCAAAGAAUAACAGCGAUGAUUGACGUUGUGUGAAAAUCAUCGACGAUUUUAUAUGAAUGUUAAUCAAUUUAAUUUGACGAAAUGAGACCGUUUUGGCCAUUCUUUUCUUUAAAAAAAUUAUUUUAAUCUACAAAU